AUGGCUCUCUCGGGAUAUGUUAUCCUAGUCGACUACCACGGUAUAGACUACCAAGACUACCACGGUAUAGACUACCAAGACUACCACGGUAUAGACUACCACAGUAUAGACUACCACGGUACAGACUACCACAGUAUAGACUACAACGGUUUAGACUACCACGGUGUAGACUACCACGGUAUAGACUACCAUGGUAUAGACUACCACAGUGUAGACUACUACGGUAUAGACUACCACGGUAUAGACUACCACAGUAUAGACUACCACGGUAUAGACUACCACAGUAUAGACUACCACGGUAUAGACUACCACAGUAUAGACUACCACGGUAUAGACUACCACGGUAAAGACUACCACAGUGUAGACUACCACAGUAUAGACUACCACGGUAUAGACUACCACGACUACCACGGUGUAGACUACCACGGUACAGACUACCAUGGUGUAGACUACCACGGUAUAGACUACCACGGUAUAGACUACCACGGUAAAGACUACCACAGUGUAGACUACCACGGUAUAGACCACCACGGUAAAGACUACCACGACUACCAUGGUAUAGACUACCACAGUGUAGACUACUACGGUAUAGACUACCACGGUAUAGACUACCACGGUAUAGACUACCACAGUAUAGACUACCACAGUAUAGACUACCACGGUGCAGACUACCACGGUACAGACUACCACGGUAAAGACUACCACAGUAUAGACUACCACGGUAUAGACUACCACGGUGUAGACUACCACGGUAUAGACUACCAUGGUAUAGACUACCACGACUACCACGGUAUAGACUACCACGGUGUAGACUACCACGGUAGAGACUACCACGGUGUAGACUACCACGGUAUUGACUACCACGGUAUAGACUACCACGGUAAAGACUACCACAGUCUAGACUACCACGGUAUAGACUGCCACGGUAUAGACUACCACGGUAUAGACUACCAUGGUGUAGACUACCACGGUAUAGACUACCACGGUAAAGACUACCACGGUGUAGACUACCACGGUAUAGACUACCACGGUAAAGACUACCACGGUAUAGACUACCACGGUUAA